CAAAAAACACUGAACGGUGAACAUGAAAUACUAAAUGUUCUAAGAAAUGUUUUUUUUUUCUUCGCAAAAUCUUUUCGAAAUGAACUCAUGGAAUUCCCACAAAUUCGAUCGCUAGUCAACUUCGGGGAGAAGUCUACACGCCGAAAAUAAACUGAAUCAAGAAAUUAAUUUUUCAGCGACCGGCUUUAAAUUUGAAUAGUUUUUGUAAUCUUUGACUUCUACCUAACAAUUUGAUAAUAUAAAUGGCACUAUAAAAAACUACAGUUUGCGUUUUAUCAAUUUUGAAAACUGAGUAUCAAAACAAAAUGAACAUCUUCAAAUCUAUUAUUUUAUGUCACUUGAAAGGCUGUUGCAAGUAUUCUUCAUACGACGAAAUGGAAUGAAUUCAAAUUCAAAUUUGACAAAAGAAACUCUCCAACUACCAUUUAUUCUGCAUACAAACUCAACUUUAGCUCAUUGUAGUGGAAAUGGACUCAGAACAAUCACGAAGUUGUCGUAGCACGACUGCUCCAGGACGAAACUGCUGUCAAUGAUGACAGAUGUCAAUCGUUUCCGUUCUCAUUAUGAAUUGUUUACGAUUUACAAGAAAGUUUUGUCUUAUCAGAUUUAUAGCUUAGAAAUUGGAAACGAAACAAGGAGAAACAGAAACAUGGAAAGUGUUUUCGUCACAGAAAACCCAAUCGAUAUAAAUCUUUUUGUGAGUGAAUGCAAUGAUGUGCCAAAGUUGAAAGUAGGAGAGAUAUUUCAAUUGCGAGACAACAGCCUGUCAAUGUGCUGUGUGCACUGCUUACAAGAGUUUCAAUAUUUUACCGAAUUUUCGUUGCAUAUACAAGAUCAUCAGUUCUUGCAUAGUGAUGUGGCUCAAUUGAGAGAAGUCAAAGAAGGAGAUUCAAACCGACUGGCUUAUGCAGAUGAAAUAUCACAAUUGGAUACGGCUUAUGGAUAUGGACAGUCCAAUGUCAAAGCCGAAACAGUCAGAGAAGAAGGAGGAGGAGGCAACGACUCGGAGUUCUUCGGCAAAGAUUUAGAGUUGGUAGAAGGAUGGUCUGACGAAGACUUUGUAGAUAAUAAUCAAAGUAUUUUUGAACCGGAAAUAAAUGUAGAAUCAUUUGAAAAGCUACCCGCAACUCCAUCAUUCAUCGAGGGCACCGAUUAUGAAAGAUUAAAUGGUAAAUAUCGAUGCUUAACUUGCAACGCUCAUGAGAAUGCGAAAUGGGAACACUUCAAAGACCAUCUGCUGACACAUUCGAAUGUGAGGAAUAUAUUCUGUCCAAUUUGUGCAAAAGGCUUUUCUGCUAUCGCAUACGUCCGCAAGCACGUGAACAGAACACACAAAACUAAGAUAACCGCUGAUAAAAUUAGAGAGGCUCAACCAUCGUUCAAUCCAUCGGCAAUUUCUGUGUCUCCGGUCAAAACAAUGGAAACCAAGUCGUUUGUUGAGGGUGAGGAUUAUGAGAAAUCCAACGGUCGAUUCAAGUGUUUAACAUGCGAUCGCGAAAUGCUGGAUCAUAUCAAAGAGCACCUCAUGACUCAUUCAAACGACAAAAACGUCUUUUGCCCGAUUUGCCACAAACGCUUCAUCACUAUCAGCUACAUCAGGAAACAUGUAAAUCGAUUCCAUAAGAGGCGCAUAAAUGCAGAACAGAUUAAAUUGGCGCAGUCAUCAUUUCAUAUUCUAAACAAAAGGAAGCCUUCCGUCCAUCCGAGCGAUGUUGCUUUGGCGGUUGUGCUUAGCCAAAAUAAGCUCGAGAAUGUGGAGAAGAAUUUCGAAUGUUUUGUUUGCCAUAGGCACUUCAUGAGUUUGAGUUCUCUGCGGAUCCAUUUGAAACUCCACAGCGGCAUUAAAUUUUGUUGUCCACAUUGUGAUAAACUAUUCGCUAUGAAAUCGUACGUCCGAGAUCACAUCGUUGCGAUGCAUAACAUCAGAAGAGAAGAAAUACCAAGUGAUAGCAUCCGACAAGCAACAGGCAACGUUGCAUCAGAACAACGAAGACUUCAACCAGCCAAUGCUGCAUUGUUUGAAUGCAAUCUGUGUAAAAAUCAGUAUAGCAAUAAACAAACACUGCGUCAGCAUAUGAAAACGCAUACUACGGCGAGUCCAUUUUUAUGUGUGAGCUGCGGAGCUGUUUAUAAAUCCAUUGCCAAUUUGCGAUACCAUAUGGAGCGGCAUCAGGCCGAUCCAAACAAGAGACACAUGUGUAAUGAAUGCAAAAAAACCUACCCGACCAGGCGUUAUAUGCUCUCUCAUUAUCGCACAAUUCAUUUGAAUAAACGGAAGAGGAAGCCGAAGAAAGAUAAAGCGUCGGAUAAUAAUGAAGGACAAUUGGCAAAUGCUCUACUGUAAAUAGGGUUUGCAGAAUAAAAAAACAAAAUGAUUCAUAAAUUUAUGUAAACCAAAAAUAAAAUGUGAUUGAAUGAACCAAAAA